CGCUGGUCCAUUACCACCCUUCUCCUACCUCCUCUUCACUUCGUCGCCGGCUCGACUUUCUUUCCUUCUACCGCUGGUCGGUUCAUCAUGAAGUUCACAAUCCGUUCCAUCUUGUUUUACUUCUUCUGGUACGGCUCCCAUAUCGGGCUCUUCGCAUAUGGCUGGUGGGCACAGGCCACGAACACCCGUCUCGCCGGUCUGAACACACUCAAGUUCUCUGUCUGGUCUUCUCGUGGAGCAGGCCUUUGUCUCGCCUACGACGGGGCUCUCAUUCUGCUUCCCGUCUGCCGCACUCUCGUUCGCUGGGUCAGACCAAAAGCUAAAUGGCUCCCUCUGGAUGAGAACCUCUGGUUUCACCGUCAGGUUGCCUAUCAGAUUGUGGUCUGGGCCAUCGUUCACACCACAGCUCACUACGUCAACUUUUACAAUGUCGAGAAGACACAGAUUCGCCCGGUCAAGGCCUGGCAGAUUCACUACACGGAAGCCGGAGGCAUUACCGGACACGUCAUGUUGCUCUGCAUGGUCUUGAUGUACACAACCGCCCAUCACUCCAUUCGAAAGCAGUGUUUCGAGGCUUUUUGGUACACGCAUCACCUGGCGUUUAUCUUCCUGCUUGCACUGUAUACCCAUGCGACAGGCUGCUUCGUCCGCGAUACAGCUCAACCUUUCUCUCCCUUCGCCGGCAAGAACUUCUGGAAUCACUGUCUCGGAUAUGAGGGCUGGCGGUUUACACUCUGGGGAUUCGGAUUCUAUCUUCUUGAACGUCUCGCUCGGGUUGUGCGUUCGCGUAAACCGACGAAUAUCUCGAAAGUCGUCAUGCACCCCCAAGGCGUGAUCGAGUUGCAGUUCGUCAAACCCAGCUUCAACUAUACUUCUGGACAAUGGCUUUUCCUUAACGUUCCGGCGGUGAGCAAGCACCAAUGGCAUCCCUUUACGAUCACGUCUGCACCUGCGGAUCCAUACGUGAGCGUUCAUGUUCGUCAAGUUGGUGAUUGGACACGCAGUCUUGGUUCGCUGCUCGGUAUCGACGAGAAAACGCUAGGAAUAUCCGAUGGUGUCGAGAUGGCCUUACAGAACGGUCGUGCAUUGCCAAAAAUCAUGGUUGACGGUCCCUUUGGUGCACCGGCUGAAGAUGUCGAGACGAAGGAGAUUGCGGUCCUGGUCGGCGCAGGUAUCGGCGUAACUCCCUGGGCCUCCGUCCUCAAGAACAUCUGGCACAACCGCCGUCUUUACAUGCAAGGCCGCCGUUCCAAAGCCUCUCCUCUUCGCCGCAUCGAGUUCGUCUGGAUUUGCAGAGAUAUCGCCUCGUUCGAAUGGUUCCAGGUUCUCUUGUCUGCGCUUGAACGGGACUUGGGAGAGAUUGAAGAUCUUCAGCUUAAUAUACACAUCUACCUGACACAGCGUCUUGACACGGACACGGCUGCGAACAUCAUGAUCAAUUCUGCGGGCGCGCAGACUGAUCCCCUCACGCGCCUUCGCGCUCGUACGCGCUUCGGGCGUCCGAAUUGGAGUUCGAUUUUCUUGGGCAUGAGGGAAGGCAUCGAGAGGGGCACUUACCUCCCCGGGCGGGAGGGAAGCUUGAAGACAGAAGUCGGUGUUUACUUUUGCGGACCCGGGCCUCUUGGGAAGACGCUGAAGGAGGAGGCAAAGAAAGCAAGCAGCGAGGAGGUUGUUUUUCCAUUUUGGAAGGAGCACUUUUAA